AUGAAUCAUGGAUCGACUCGGUUGAGUCGCUUCGCCGUAGGGGCGGCGGCCGCUAUGGCAACUUUGGGUGGUAUUUACAUCACAUCCGACAUUAAACGACGAGAGGCAUGUGCAGCUUGGGCCCAUUCGUUCGCCCGAGGGGUGACAGUGGUUCGACUUAUGGCCCAGCAGCAACAGGAAGCUUCUAGUCUUGCCUCUGUGAAGGGAGAGACCAUGCAUGAAGGCCUUGUAGCGAGCGUCACGCGCCUCAUAAUUCAGUCCACUGCGGGGGUGGAAGUCCUCACACCGUCAGCACAACUGCAGUUAGCCAGCGAUAAGUCCUUCUUGGACUUCCUAUGGGCAUGCAAUGCUCGAGACGUUCUCAUGCGGCUCUUCACUGCCCUCCCACCGCGAUCGGCGAUCAACAUCCUCGCCACUUCCCCAUCACUGGCCACUCUGGCCUCCUUCUGUGAGGACUAUAUCGGCGGUGAUUCGAAGUCUUCUAACUUCCAACACCUUUGCAAUACCAUUGAUUGCUUUCUACCCGUGGACUUCCCCUCCUUACGGUCGUUACCUCAUAACGAGGCAGCUAUCGAGAGGGACAGACGUGAUGCUGUAGAGGUCAUCAACAACAACAAAGCCGCCAUCUCCGCUACGUCCAACCUAUGUAGCCGAUUCGUGUUGGCGAGGACAGCUCUUGAGAUGGCCGGUCGGAAGUUCGAGCUGUCCCCCCAACCCUCGUCCGAGGCCAUCUCGACAGAGAAGCGACUCUGGUUACGAGAAGCAGAAGCUUGGCUCAGCACUCCCGAGAAGUUGGACGUCCCAUUUAACUUUAGUGAUGAUAUCAUUGCCGACUACCUCGUUAUCGAUAGACCCUCAACGAUACGCAUUCUGACCCUUCUGGCGACUCGCUACGGGCUGAACAUGUCGGAUGAGCAAACAGCGUUGUUUAAUGACGACGAACUUUUCGGCAUCUUCGAUGAGGCCAAGGACAUCAUGGACGUGCCCAAUUCGGUUUUGUUUUCUUCCCUCCGAUCGCCUGCCCAUCGAGAUAUUGUCUACCGCUGGCUAUCAGCUGUCCCUCUCGAUGACGAACGCAUCGACACUCUCCUCGCUGCUGUGAUCAGUCUGGGGGAGGACUUCCUUGGUGUCACCGACUAUGAGCUAUUUGCUAAGACUCAACUGCAAGCUGACUCUCCAUUACGUAUGGCAGACGACAUAACCCUUGUGGUGACCGAGGCCAGCGAGAAGGUGCCGUUGUCUGUGCUCUCUCGAGAGGAACUGCUCGGUCGAAUUUCCAUCUUGGCCGAGUUGGCCUCCUCAAGGGUAGAGUAUCGAGAACGAGUCGGCGAGGCCUUGGGUGCCACUUGCCUUCCUCUAUGCAUGAGGCUCCUUCCAAAAGGCAACGACUUGGUCACCAAAUGCGCCGCAAACGUAGUCGAGCUUCUGCCUGCUACCAGCAAGUACGUCCCCGAGCAACCACCAGCUGAGUUGGAUGACGCUAUGGAAGGUGUCGAGGCAUACUACGAGCUCAGGAGACUUCGAGAGAACAUAUCUGGCAAGAGAGUCUUGGGAGCCCCUCAAUACGUUGAGGGUGUCCUACCUCUCAUUUGUGAUGCCAGUUCGACGGACUAUGACAUUGUCUUCGUACACGGCUUGCAAGGCGGUUUGUAUACGUGGCGAGAGGAGCCGUCUUGGAUGAGGGACUUCCGGCGUAAACAAGUUGAAACUGAAGACACUACGACUGAGUCGGGACCACAGUUCCAUUGGCCGUGGUCGUCCUCAGUGAAGGCCGAGGAAGCCGAAAGUCAUCAAUGGGAUGAUUGGGAGAAGCCUGUCCUCUGGCCAGUACGUGACCUUUCUCCCCUGUUCCCUCGGGCCAGCAUCUUCGCCUUCGCUUACGACGCGCCAGUGUUUUCAUUCAUGCUCAAAGGCCCAUACGUUCAGAAGACGUAUCCAACCACCCUUCAGGACAUCUCUGAUCUGCUGGUGGCGGGCCUUGCUCGUGCCGGUAUUGGUCGUAACGGCCGACCAGUCGUGUUUGUCGCGCACUCCCUUGGUGGCCUCAUUGUAAAGUCAGCCAUCCUCAAAGACCACGACCUCCAGAGCUCCACAAAGGCGAUAUGUUUUUAUGCAACUCCUCAUGGUGGCUCCCCUCUCGCAUUGAGGAGUGAGCGGAUCAUACUGUCUAUGCUAUUCCCCGAGUUUGUACGAGAGCUCUCCCCCAACAGUGAAUGGCUUAGCCAACUGAACGAUAACUUCGCCAAGCAAGACUGGGAUCAAGUCGAUAUCCUUUCUAUUGCGGAAUCCGCCGUCACUUCUGUCGGCGGUGGUGUGAAGGUCCGCAUGGUCCCACGUGAGAGCGCCUCUCUUAUACGCAUGGGGGAGUUCGUGGACGCGCCACCGGGAGUCGACCACAUUGGAGUUUGCAAGGUUAACGCGUCUGACUUGGUCGAUGAUGUUCGCUUUACGAAAUUGGUUGAACUGUUACGUCGUUUCGAACAUCGAACGUUCUCCUCAGUUUGA